CUCCCAGCCUCCUCCCCCUGACCCCCCGCAGGCUUUAGCUGAGCCAAGAGGCAGGCCGGGCUACGGAGCCACAGAGCGGCUAAACAGGUGGUCUUGAAACCGAAGGCUCUCCAAACAACACACAACAAUGUCGUCCGGGGGGGAAGACCACCACUUCGGGCUCUAGCGGCGGGUCUUCUCGAGGGCUGUACAGGAAUACGAACCCGGAGGAUUAGAUUCAUGUCCCUGUUGUUCUUUCCGUCGGAGCCCUCCUCCUCCUCGGUGCCACUCCGAUCCCGGGCCACAGAACUCGGAUCCUGAAGCAUGAAAGUGACGGUGUGUUUCGGCCGGACCCGGGUGGUCGUGCCGUGCGGGGAUGGGAACAUUAAGGUCCACACGCUGAUCCAGCAGGCGGUCAUGAGGUACAAGAAGGCGAUCGCCAAGGACGCGGGCUACUGGCUGCAGGUCCACCGGUUGGAGCACGGGGGUGACGGAGGAAUCUUGGACCUGGACGAUGUGCUGUGUGACGUAGCAGACGACAAGGACCGGUUGGUGGCGGUCUACGAGGAGCAGGACCCCCACUCCGGGGGGGACGGGACCAGUGCCAGCUCCACGGGGACCCAGAGCCCGGACCUCUUCGCCCCUGCGCCCCCCGAGCUGAACGGCACCGCCUCCUCCACUGCCUCCUCCUCCGCCUUCACGCCCUACCAGGCCGCCAGCGAGAUCGAGGUCACGCCCUCCGCCCUCAGGACCAACAUGCCACUCCACGUGCGUCGCAGUAGCGACCCGGCCCUGAUGACGCUGAACGGGCCUCUGAAUGGCGUGGAGCCUCGCCCCCCCGCGGAGCAGCAGACCCCGCCCUCCCGACGUAACCCCUCCCGCUGGUCGACCACUGCCGGCUUCAUGAAGCCCCGCCACUCAACCGGCACCAGCAGCCUGGAGCGCAAGGGGAAGGCUACGGACACGUACCGCAGCCUACCGCGCGACGCCGGGACCUAUACCAAUCAGAGGGACUUCCAGAGAGAGACGGCGAGGUCAUCGCUCAGCGCCAACCACCCCAUGGUGGACCGCUGGCUGGAGAGGCAGGACCAGGACGAGGAGUCCACGGAGGAGAACGGCCGGAUCGAGCCGGUCGGGAGCGCAGACUCCUUCCUGGACCAUGCCCCCGUACGGAACAUCGAAGGCAUGGUGCGGCUGGUGGAGGUGACCAACGAUGGCGGCCCCCUGGGGAUCCACGUGGUGCCCUUCAGCUCCAGGGACCGCAGGACCCUGGGCCUGCUGGUGAAGCGCCUGGAGCGGGGGGGCAAGGCGGACCAGCAGGAGCUGUUCGAGGAGAACGACUGCAUCGUGUGCAUCAACAACACGGACUUGCGCAACACGCGCUUCGAACAGGCCCAGAACAUGUUCCGUCAGGCCAUGCGGUCGCCCCUCAUCGUGUUCCACGUGGUUCCGUCUGCGCUGAAGUCGCGGUACGAGGCGAUGUCCCUGGGGGACGGCCGCACGCCGUCGGGCUCCUCGUACGGCUCGGACCGCUUCAGCCCCGACUCGCUGGGCGGGAGCUCCGCCUCCGACCACGGCCCGCCCCCGCGCGUGGGCGUCGCCCGCCACGCCUCACAGACGCACGCCCACUCGCCGCUCCUGGACCACCCCGGGGCGGAGCGGCCGGGGCCCUACCCCCCCGGGGGUGGGUCCGCCACCCUGCCCCACCCCGCCGCCAAGCCCCCCACAGGCCACGCCCCCUCGCCACAGCGCGGGCAAGGCUCCGCCCCUGCCCUCGGCGGCUUCACCAAGAAGGUGGGGAGGAGGCUGAACAUCCUGCUGAAGAAAGGUCCGGAGGGUCUGGGCUUCAGCAUCACAUCGCGGGACGUCCCGAUCGGGGGCUCGGCGCCCAUCUACGUCAAGAACAUCCUGGCCCGGGGGGCCGCCAUCCAAGAUGGCCGCCUGAAGGCGGGGGACCGGCUGAUGGAGGUGAGCGGCGUGGACUUGCAUGGGCGGAGCCAGGAGGAGGUGGUGUCGCUGCUCCGGAACACGCCCAUGGGCGGAGCUGUGAAGCUGCUGGUGCUGAGACAGGAGGACAGCUUCCUGCCACGAGACGCGAACGCCAGCCCCCUGACGCAGAGCACCCGAGACUUGAAGCUGGAGGAGGAGGAGCUGGUCCUGACCCCGGACGGGACCCGGGAGUUCCUGACCUUCGAGAUCCCGCUGAGCGACUCGGGUUCUGCCGGGCUGGGGGUCAGCGUGAAGGGGAACCGCUCCAAGGACAACCACGCCGACCUCGGCAUCUUCGUCAAGUCCAUCAUCAACGGGGGCGCCGCUUGCAAGGACGGCCGGCUGCGGGUCAACGACCAGCUGAUCGCGGUGAACGCCGAGUCCCUACUUGGCAAGACCAACCAGGACGCCAUGGAGACGCUGCGCAAGUCCAUGUCCACCGAGGGCAACAAGAGGGGCAUGAUCCAGCUCAUCAUCGCCCGGCGCGUCCCCAAGCACGGAGAGCUGGACCCCCCCGGCAGUCCGCACGCCUCCCAGCAGGCCUUCAGCUCCUCGCUGGACGACCACGAGCGCCGCAUCUCCCACUCGCUGUACGGGGGCCUGGAGGGUCUGGAUGACAACCUGCUGCCCCGCCCCGGGGGGGCCCUGCCCCGCACCGCCGGUAACUACCAGCUGUCCCCAACCGUCAACAUGCCCCAGGACGACACGGUCAUCAUCGAGGACGACCGGCCCCCCUUGUUCCCCCCCCACCUCUCCGACCAAUCCUCCUCCAGCUCCCACGACGACAUGUGCUUCCCCGCCGAGACGACCCCGCCCUGGGCCAAGGAGCCAGCCAAUCAGAACGAGAGCCCGCUGAGCCCGGGGGAAGAGGAUGGAAGCUUCCAGAGGGAGGGCUUCGGUCGGCAGAGCAUGUCGGAGAAACGCACCAAGCAAUUCGGAGACGCAGCCCAGCUGGACAUCAUCAAGACCAGGAAGUCCAAGAGCAUGGACCUCGUAGCCGACGAGAUUAACCUCACACCACGACCCGACCCCAACGCAGGGUCGUCUCCCCGGGACGUGGGUCCGUCUCUGGGCCUGAAGAAGUCCAGCUCCCUGGAGAGCCUCCAGACCGCCGUGGCCGAGGUGACCCUGAAUGGAGGGGACCACCCCUUCCACAGGCCACGCCCCCGCAUCAUCAGGGGGCGGGGCUGCAACGAGAGCUUCCGCGCCGCCAUCGAUAAAUCGUAUGACCGGCCGACCGCCGCCGCCAACGCUGCCGCCAUCACCACCGAAGAAGAAGAUGAGGGCAUGGACACACUGGAGGAGGACACAGAGGGGAGCUCCCGGUCUGGGCGGGACUCGGUCUCCACGGUAGCAGACCUCACCCCCCUGACCGGGUUGGCCAACGGGUCCGCCUCUUCGGACCGGCCCAGGGAGGAGAAGAGGAAGGACAAGACGCCCACCAAGGAGAAGAAGAGGAGCGAGGGAGGGAAGGAGAAGGACAAGGAGAAGGGCAAGGCCAAGAAGGGCAUGCUGAAGGGCCUGGGGGAGAUGUUCAGGUUCGGGAAGAAUCGGAAGGACGAACGCGUCGGCGACAAGCUGGAGCGGAAAGGCUCGGCCAAGUGGCGGACGGAGGAAUCACAGGCGUCGGAGGAGGAGACGCAGCGCAUGAAGCUGGAGCAGGAGAGGAUCCAGCAGAAGAAGCGGGAGCUGCGAGAGCGUCAGGCGCGGGAGCGGGACUACGCCGAGAUCCUGGACGUAUGCCGGCCCCUGGGCGGUAACCACGGCAACCAGGAGGAGGCAGAGGAGCACCCGUACGCCGGCAUCCCCUCCCCGCCCGCCUCUGACCCCCCGCUGGGCAGCCCCCGCCUCCCCUACCCCCGCCUCCUGCCCCCCCACCCCCAGCACCAGCACCACCACCAGCUCUCAGACUCCACCCUCUACACCCCCGUCAGCAAGGCCCCCAAUGGGAGGCCCCCGUCCGCAGACAGCAACCGACUAGCCCCUAGCAACCACGACCGGAUACAGCGGCUGCGCCAUGAGUUCCAGCAGGCCCAGACGGGACCCGAGGACCCCGACGACCGCCGGCGCACCUACAGCUUCGAGCAGCCCUGGGUCAGCACUGGCAGUCCGGGCCCCGCUAGUCCGGUCCUGGGGGGCCAGGGGGGUCACGGGGGUCCGGGGUCCUACAGCCAGCCCGGGCGCCACUCGGUCUCCGUGGAGGUCCAGAUGCAGAGGCAGCGGCAGGAGGAGAGGGAGGCCUUCGCCCUGGCCCAGCGCCAGUACAGCUCCCUGCCCCGCCAGCCCAGGAAGCCCCCUGUCUCGGUGACCCAGGCGGACUAUCCCCCCCCUCCCGCCGUCAGCGUGGAGGUCACCAAGGACGGCCCCCGCUACUCCAGCUACCAGGUCGCCCGCGGCAACGCCGGAGGGGGCGGAGUCAACGCCCGCGUGCUCCUGGAGGCCCAGGAGCUCCUGCGGCAGGAGCAGCGUCGCCGUGAGCAGGAGGCUAAGGGCAAGCUAGCGCUGGAAGCUAACGCUAACGGCGGCGUGGUUAGCGGCGGCGGCGGCUAUGAGCAGCAGCAGGGCAAGCGGACGCUGGAGAGGAACGCUAACAGCCACGCUAGCGCUAACGGAAACGGUAGCCCUGUUAGCGUUAGCGUUAGCGUCAGCAGCUACGAGCAGCGCUACAGCCCGGCGCCCCUCCUCCACCUUAGGGACCCCGCCUCACCCAAGGGCCCCACGCGGCAGGACGUCCCGCCCUCACCCUCCCAGCUCGCCCGCCUCAACCGCCUGGGCUCCGACCGGGGGCGGCCAUUUUACUCCUGAAGAUCAGGAAGGAGGAAGAAUUAGGGGUGGGACUUCCUGCCCGCUGAAGAGAGAGAGACAGAGAGAGGGAGAGAGAUGCUGUAGCGGUAACCAUAGUCACCGUUCUUAGGAGCCAAUGGGAAGGGUUAGGAUGGAACAGGCUCCGCCCCCCUCUCUCAGGUGGAGCCCCAGGUUGAUUGACAGCUUGCGGGGGGGCUGUGGCCCCUCCCUCUCUAAACAGAGGGUCUGGUCCUCGACAGACACACAGCAGGUGGGCAUGUGAGCCCAGACAACUUUAUUUACAUCGCCCUUUGUCACAAUUACCCCCCCCACACAUGCUUGACUGUGUGUGUCUGUGGGUUUGUCUGUCUGUGUGUGUGUGUGUGUGUGUGUAUGUAUGUGUGUUUGAUGCAGUGUGACAAGCCAAUUGUGUCUUUAUGGAAGCUCAGUGUGUGUGUGUGUGUGUGUGUGUGUGUGUGUGUGUGUGUGUGUGUGUGUGUGUGUGUGUGUGUGUGUGUGUGUGU